AACUUCAAGAAAAAAGAAAUCUCUUUGUCACUAACUUCCAAAGUUAAUAUUUUAAAUAAACUAUUUCUUGAUAUUAUAAUAAUUAUAUUCUUAUGUUUUAUUACUAGUUUUAUUUUUAUACAAAUAAAACACCCUUUAGCUAUAGGAUUAAUAUUAUUAAUUCAAACCUUUUUAACAUGUUUAAUAACAGGAAUCUAUGCAAAAACUUUUUGAUUUUCUUAUGUUUUAUUUUUAAUUUUUAUAGGAGGAAUAUUAGUUUUAUUUAUUUAUGUUACUUCUUUAUCUUCAAAUGAAAUAUUUUCAAUAUCAUUUAAACUAAGUUUUAUUUCAAUUAUAAUAAUUUUUCUAUUUAUUAUAAUUUCAUACUUUUUUGAUAAUUCAAUAAUAGAAAAUUUUAUUAAAAAUAAUGAUAGAAUUCAAUUAUUUAACCAAAAUAAUUUAUUUUAUGAAAAUUUUUUAUCCUUAAAUAAAAUAUACAACUUUCCAACUAAUUUAAUUACUUUAUUAUUAAUUAAUUAUUUAUUUUUAACUUUAUUAGUAACUGUAAAAAUUACUAAAAAAAAUUAUGGGCCACUUCGACCUAUAAACUAAUGAAUAAACCAUUACGAAAAAGACACCCUUUAAUUAGAAUUGCUAAUAACGCUUUAGUAGAUUUACCAGCUCCAUCAAAUAUUUCAGCUUGAUGAAAUUUUGGAUCAUUACUUGGACUUUGCUUAGUAAUCCAAAUUCUUACAGGCUUAUUUUUAGCUAUACAUUAUACAGCAGACAUUGAAACAGCUUUUGAUAGUGUUAAUCAUAUUUACCGAGAUGUUAAUAAUGGAUGAUUUUUACGAAUUUGUCAUGCUAACGGAGCAUCAUUUUUUUUUGCUUGUUUAUUCACACAUGUAGGACGAGGAGUUUAUUAUAACUCUUAUUUAUAUGUUCCAACAUGAAUAAUUGGAGUAAUUAUUUUAUUUAUAGUAAUAGCAACAGGAUUUUUAGGUUAUGUUCUUCCAUGAGGACAAAUGUCAUUUUGAGGAGCAACAGUAAUUACAAAUUUAUUAUCUGCAGUUCCUUAUUUAGGAACCGACUUAGUACAAUGGAUUUGAGGAGGAUUUGCGGUAGACAAUGCAACAUUAACUCGAUUUUUUACAUUUCACUUUGUUCUACCAUUUAUUAUUGCUGCUUUAACAAUAAUUCACUUGUUAUUUUUACAUCAAACAGGAUCUAAUAAUCCAUUAGGAUUAAAUAGAAAUGUUGAUAAAAUUCCUUUCCACCCAUAUUUUAUUUAUAAGGAUGUUAUAGGAUUUAUUAUUUUUAUUUGAAUUUUAAUCGGAUUUAUUUGAAAAUUUAAUUAUUUAUUAAUAGACCCUGAAAAUUUCAUUCCUGCUAAUCCUUUAGUUACUCCUGUUCAUAUUCAACCAGAAUGAUAUUUUUUAUUUGCUUAUGCUAUUCUUCGAUCAAUUCCUAAUAAGUUAGGAGGAGUAAUUGCUUUAGUUUUAUCUAUUGCAAUUUUAAUAAUUCUUCCUUUUACUCAUACAAGUAAAUUCCGAGGGUUACAAUUUUAUCCUUUAAAUCAAAUUUUAUUUUGAAAUAUAGUAAUUAUUGCAUCAUUAUUAACAUGAAUCGGAGCUCGACCAGUAGAAGAUCCUUAUGUGUUAACAGGUCAAAUUUUAACUGUUUUAUACUUUUCUUAUUUUUUAAUUAAUCCUUUAUUAUCUAAAUAUUGAGAUAAAUUAUUAAAUUAA